UUUUUAUUUAACAACUCUUAUUUUCAGUUUAACAAAAAAUGGCUAAAUAUAUUAUAGAGCAUUACAAAACUGGGGCAGAUUUUUUACAAGCGACAGGACCUCACUUGCAGGAAAAGGAAGCUUAUAACUCUGUUUUUCUAAGCUCUUUGCCAAAAGACAGGGCAUGUUAUUAUAGCGCUGUCUUGGAUGCUACCAACACUGUGGUAUUUGCCUUGUACGCUAUUCAAGACUCUUUUCUUUACACUUCUUAUAGCAAGGAUGUAGACGCUGUUCAGAUGCUUGUCUCCGAUAUUUUGGCCGCUGACUUUUCCUUUCAAGCCUUCUUUGCUUACGAACCUUCGCUCGGUGUUAUAAAAAAAGUGAUGAAGGAAGCCAAUCGCACCACAAAAUGUGUGGACCAGAUGUGGAGUCACAUAAUUAAGCAAGUACAAUGGUCGCCAAGAUCUUUAGCUCUCAAGAAGACAGCGAUAUUAAAGCAAGCUACCUCUGAUGAUUUUUCUGUGUUACGGGAAUAUACCCAAGGCUUUUUACAUGACGCAUCACCCGACUUGGUUCGAGUGAUGGGUGUGGAUAUAGACCAAAUGUGUUGUAGUACCAUUGAGAGUGGAAAUGCAUACUUGCUAUUUGCGGAUAAUAUACCAGUGUCAAUGACAUGGAAACGGAGAUCAUUGAAUGAGGGAUGCUCAGUAGCUUAUGUAUAUACGCCUCCCAAGUAUAGGCACCAAGGAUUCGGAGGCGCAUGCGUGGCCAUGUGUACAGAAUUGUUCUUGCAAGAAUUCAAGUAUGCGACUUUGUUUAUUAAAGGGUCUCAAGAUCCCCAUAACAAUAUGUAUACCAAGAUUGGAUAUCAGCUUAUUGGUGAAGUGGGGAGAUACACCAUUGAAUAAAAAUGAUUUUUUUUUUUAACGC